UUUACUGCUAUUGCUUGAACUGGAAAGCAACCGGUAAUCGUGUUAAUAAUCAGCGUUCAAUUCAUGCUUGGUUACUCGAGAAAAAAAAUACUGCAUCACAGAUGGUAGAAUAAUAAAAAUUUGCACUUAGCAUCAUUCGAUUUCUUUUUUGCUACUCAGCAGUCGGACUGACGAGCGGAAAGUGUGAAAAGUUUGUUCGGGCAGAGGAGAGAAAAAAAAACAUCGAGCAACGGUAAAGUGGUUCAAAAGGAGGAAAAGUUUACAGCGAUAUUUUUCUGUGCUAGUGUUGAUGACGAGUUGUAGUGCGAAAAAGAAAGUUGCUGCAAAAAUAGCGAAAAUUAAAGAAAACUGGUCUGAAAAGGGAAGUUUGGAUUUUUUUACGGGAAACUUUCGUGCAUCCAUUUCACUGAAACCGAAAAGGAAUCGAUGAGUCCGUCGAAAAGCUUUAUCAGUGUGAAUGUUUCCCAGUGCGGGUAUUUUUGCCAAUCUGUAAUAGCAUCCAAUCACCGAGUUUCGUUUCCUGUAGCAAGAUGAACGUCAGUUUAAGAAGUAAACUUCUUCCUAGAACUGAACGUUCGCUCUUAAGUUCGACGAAUUUGUUACAUGCUGUUUCUGAUGAUAGUGAGGUGGAGUGUACCGAGGAUAACAUAAUCAUAGACGAACUAACAGAGCUGGAACCAACAUCGGUAAUUUUGCGCUACUGCAAGAGAAAAUUUCUGCGGCCGUACGUAUGCAUCCUGGGCCUCGUUGGACUGCGGCCAAAUGCUGUGGACGUCGACCUCAGCACCCUGCUAGGGCACUUGCAGUCGAUCAUAGUGCUGGUGCUGCUCAUCGGCGGCUAUACGCUGCAGUAUAUGUCCGGAUUUCGGCGUGACCGUGGUUUCCUUCAACCGGAACAUCCUGCGAAUGGCGAUGAAGCUCAAUCUGGUUUUUCCACCACCACGAUGUCGUCAAGCUCAGCACUAGGUGUUAGUUCAUCAAUUUCCAUAACCAAUACCACCGCCGGCACUGUUAUGAGAGCAAUAAUGGGCAACAGCGGAGAGGCGAUAUUCAUUUACAUUAUCCCGGCGCUGCUGCAUCUCGUUGGCUACGUAAUCGCAGUUUACAUUUACCGCUUCGCCGAUAAUGAACAUUUGCAGUGCUUAAUUGAAAGGGUUUUCAUCUUGUGCGCCACCCCCCGCCGACUGGUAGCGACUUUAUGGGUCUACUUCGUCCUCGGGGCACUAUGGCUGGCCGGUUCCACCGUGUACAUCUGGCUGCUGGCGAACGAACAGCCGGUUCCAACCCAGCUCAAAUGGACGGAAGAGCUCGGUCCAAGCGGACAGAAUUGUGUCAGGUGUCUUCUCAGUGUGGCGCUAUUCUUCCACGAUCUGGCCCAGAUGGUGAUUAUCGCCAGCUAUAGUCUCACAUGCUACCUUCUGCGAUGUUACCUGCAAGGAUUGAAGGAAAAACUGCUUUUACACACCAUUGAACCACUCAACUGGAUGCGGGAAAUUUGCGAAUUCCGCAAACUAUUGCAUCAUUUGAACGGAAAAGUUUCAGCUCCCGUUGCCUGUCUCACUCUGCUAAAUGUCAGUUAUACUUUCACCAGUGUCGUUCAUCUUUUCCGGGACCUAAAUACCUGCCCGAUCGGUGUAUUCAGUUUUACCGUAGCCAACCUGUUGCUGUGGUUGCUUAUCUCGCUUACACCGUUCUUCCAGGCAGCAUCCCUAACAGUAACCUGCCGACGGACGCAAACCUGCGGGCACCUGAUCAGCAUUCGACCGUUCGUCCAUCGCAAUACCUCGUCGGAAGAUUUGAACACCGUUCUGCUGUACGCCUCGUCACUGCAAAUGUCAGCGAAACUGUUCCGCAUGCCAAUCAGUGCCCACUAUCUGUGCUUUUUCAUGUUCGUGUGCGUUAUCAGUAUCCUCACGUUCGGGAUGUGUCUCAGUUUCACGAUUGGUGGCAUUUAACUUCGCUCAAGUGUCCACCCACGCUCUUCGGUGGCGUUGGCUAUCGAAAGGAAGCUCGUAUAAACAAACAACAGACGAACAAAUGUUAGCAAUAUCAUCUGCUGCUGAAGAACGAAACCAUUUCAAUUUUUUUGUUACUGCAGGCACAGUUUGGAUUUCGAUUCUGGCAGUUCAAAUAUUGGUAGUGAGAAAAUUGUGCAAAUAAACAGUAUAGUUUACUGGAAUCGUAAAGGACAGAUUUGGAUUGUUUGGGGUCAUGGCAUGCCGGAUAGGAGAAAUGUAAACCACCAACCCAGCAACUAAUAAAACGAACUCAGGGAUGGGUGAACUAAUUUAACCGUUCAUUCGUUUUAUGUAGAGCGGCAGGAAGUAAUUAAACAGUUGUAUAUUCCGGGGAGUACAAGGAUAAUGAGAAUGUGAGCUCGUUAAUCACAUUCCUCGCAAUGUGUCACUGUUAUUAAUUAUCAGUAUACUAUUACAGUUAUUCUGAAUAAACAUAGCGUUCGACAAAAUACAAUGGUUUAUGAAAGUGUGUUGCGGCAGUGUGUAGUUUAUGAAAAUAUUGUGCAGAAAACGGGUACUCGAUACAGAAUAAUCGAAAUUAUAAUUACCGAUAUAGACUCGAUUUCAGAGAUAAUUACCCAUCUUAAAACUCAGAUUCAGAUACAGAUCAAUUUCAAUAUUAUUUAAUCGUAAAAUACACUGUUACUGAAACUGUAAUGAACAAUCACGAAUCCAUUG